CAGAAGCUCUCGCAGAGGAGAUCCGAGAUCGCAGCCACCAGCUGAAGAGUGGUCGUCACUUUCUCUGCAAAAGUUUCUCUUUCGGCACACCUACGACACGCGCCUUCAAGCAUUCUCUCCGCACCUCCUUCACGCUCCUCGCCUCUCUUCAGCCUCCUCAGAUAGCAAUGGCGUCCGCUGCCGUCGCUCUCAAGUCUGCCUGCGCCCCUGCGGCCUUCUCCUGCAGGGCGUCUGUUGAGACCUCUGUCAGCAAGGUCACCCUUAAGGCGCCCGUGUCUCUGAGGAGGACAAGUGUGUCCAAGACCUUCGGAGUUGCUCAGGCUCUUAGCAAGACCACCAUGUUCAAGGUUACUUUGAAGACCCCUGAGGGUGAACAAACCCUCGACAUUGCUGAUGAUGUGAUCAUCCUCGACGCCGCUGAGGAGGCCGGAAUCGACCUGCCCUACUCAUGCAGGGCUGGCGCUUGCUCAUCUUGCGCUGGCAAGGUUGAGAGCGGCACCGUUGACUUGGGGGACCAGUCUUUCUUGGAUGACGACCAGGUUUCCGCUGGAUACAUCCUCACAUGCACUGCCUACCCCACGUCUGACUGCACCAUCUUGACCCACCAAGAGGAGGAGUUGUUCUAAGUUGAUUCUUGUACACACACUGCUUUGCGACCUGAUUUUUUGGAGAGCUCAUAGUUUCUGGGGGCAUUGUGAGAGCAGGGAUCGGACAAUCAAGCAAUGUUGUACUUAUAUGGAUGAUCUUGUAGAACACUCCACGUGUCCCCUUCAAACUAGGCCCUUGCCCGCUUGCCGGUCCUGAUCGAGCCUUAUGAGCUUAGCUUGGCCUGCAGUUUCUAGCGAAUGCGUUGCCUCUCAAAUCUCUCAAACUUGGUGCUGUCCCAUGCGUCGCUGUGCUUUACUUCCAACCAAAAUACAAUCGAUCACUGCUCGUACAAGCAGCUAUGCUGUUGAUUGAUGAGGGUUAUAGUACAUUCAUCAUAGAACACAAUGCACAGCGUUUGUACGGUGAUGGUCUCUUUUCGCACCCCGUAGCCAGGGCGGCCAUAGGCUUCUCAUCGC